AUGCCCGGCAUACAGAGGAAGCAGCUCGGGCAAAAGGUCGACAUAGACUUCACACUACGCAAGGUCUUCGGGAGAGAUCAUUUCCGGUAUGUCAAACGUGAAGGCAUAGAAGACACUUCGCACUCACAUCCCUCCAGGCCUGUCCAGCGGGAAGUCAUUUGCGCAGCACUGGAAGGCCACGAUGUCUUCUUACAAGCAGCGACCGGGUUUGGAAAGAGUCUUUGCUUUCAACUCCCCGCUGUCGUCGACUUUGGCCUUACUGUGGUCAUCUCACCUCUUCUGGCUUUGAUGAACAAUCAGAUCAAUGCUCUCCGAGCGGCGAAUAUCAAAGUAGAGACGAUCAACAGCACGACUCCUGUUUCGAAAAGGACAGAAAUCUUUACCGAUCUCAAGAGUGGCCAUCCCAAGACACGACUGCUCUAUGUCACCCCAGAGUACUGCACAUUGGACUACUUCCGCAAAUAUUUGAGAAUCAUCCACGAGCAGAGAGAGCUGGCCCGGAUCGCAAUCGAUGAAGCACAUUGCAUUUCCGAAUGGGGCCACGACUUCCGCCCGAGCUUCAAGGAGCUACGAUUCUUCAAAGACGAGUUCCCAGAUGUGCCGAUGAUCUGCUGUACAGCCACUGCUACAGACCGAGUCCGGACCGACAUCGUCACUACGCUGGCUCUGGACGAAAGCAAUUUGAAGAGCUACACGAUGACGACCAGUCGACCUAAUCUUCACUAUGAAAUCCGAUUUACAAACGACAGCAUCGACCACUACGAUGAUUUUCUUCGGUUUUUGAGAAACGUGCACGACCGCAGAGCUAACAAUCCAGCUCGCUCGCAAGAACUCAGUCAGAGGAAUGAGCGAGCUUCUAACGUGCCCGGCAUCAUCUACACCUGGUUCAGAAAAGAUACCGAAUUUCUUGCAGCUCGCUUGCAGGAAGAUGGGAUCGGCGCUAAAGCCUAUCAUGCCGGCAUGUCUACCGAGCAAAAGGAUGACCAUCUGAAGGGAUGGAUUGAGAACAUCAAAGGCUACGACGUCAUCGUCGCAACAACCGCUUUUGGAAUGGGCAUUGACAAGGAGAACGUGCGAUUCGUCGUUCAUUGGCAGAUGCCCAAGUCUUUCGAAGGCUUUUACCAAGAAGCAGGCCGUGCCGGUAGAGACGGGAAAGCAUCGAUCUGUAUCCUGUACUACAAGCGUGAGGACCGAGACAAGCUGGCAAUGGUGCAGAGGAGAGAAAUGGACAAGCAGCAUAACGGCAAGCAGAUUGACAAGCAAGCUCAGUCCAACCGUGCGGAGAGCUUAAGGAAGCUCAUCGCGUAUUGCGAAGGCACCAGCACCUGCCGACACAAGUCAAUAGCAGACUACUUUGGUGAGAGAACAGCACCACCUUGCGAUUGGGCCUGCGACUGGCACAAGGACCCAGAGAAGAUUCAGAGAUUGAAGGAGAAGAACCUGGCGAGUGAGGAAUGGUGUGCGACGCAAAUACAGACUGGAGCCUACGACAACGAUGUUUACGAAUGA